AUGGUGGAAAGGUCCCUUGCGGUCGUCAAGAGGGGCGUCAUCUGCUCAAUAGAUGCCGGCAAUGAGACCUCCGGUCGAUACCCUGAAGCUCCUAAGAUCGCCCGGGACAAAGACCUGGCCAGCGUUGAGGCUGCCAUGGCGUACCUCGGUAUUCGAAAUCCUGGAGACUGGCCUGAGACCCCAAGGCUCUAUCCGAUCAUCGAGCAGCACAUCUUGGAGCGCAAAGGUCCGAUGCGAAGAGGGGAGAUCCUGGGGGCUAUCCUGGCGAGUCUCGCUGCAGAGGCUAAGGUUCUCCAUGCUCUGGUAAAAGGUCUCGUGGAGGAUCUGAAACGAUGA